AUGGACGUUGACGAGUCCAAGAAGUACGGAGCGUUCGUACGCGAGAGCGACGACAACGACAUCCAGCAAGGCGUGAUUUCAGACAACGCGGAUGACCUGCAACGCAAGCUUGGCAAUCGCCAGAUUCAACUCAUUGCCAUUGGGGGCUCUAUUGGUACAGCCUUAUUCGUAAGUAUCGGCGGUGCUUUAAACAAAGGCGGCCCAGCCGGCACCCUCCUCGCCUACUUGUUCUACAGCUGUCUCCUCGGCCUCGUUAACAACUGUAUGGCUGAGAUGGCUACCUUCAUGCCCGUUACCGGCGGGUUUAUUCGAAUGGCCGGAAAAUGGGUUGAUGACGCUUUUGGUUUCAUGGUUGGGUGGAACUUCUUCUUCUAUGAGGCUCUACUCAUUCCAUUUGAAAUCACAGCCCUCAACCUCGUCUUGACCUUUUGGCGAGAUGACAUUCCAGUAGCUGCCGUAUGUGCAGCGUGCAUCGUCUUAUACGCUUUGUGUAAUGUUCUAGCUGUCAGAGCUUACGGCGAAGCAGAAUUCUGGCUCUCCGGCGGAAAGGUCUUCCUUAUCAUGAUCCUAUUCAGCUUCACCUUCGUAACCAUGGUUGGUGGUAAUCCUAAACAUGAUGCUUAUGGCUUUCGUUAUUGGAAAGAACCCGGACCUUUCGCGGAGUAUCUGUCCACUGGAAACCUUGGCCGGUUCGAAGGAUUCCUCGGUGCGCUGUGGGCUGCGUCCUUCUGUAUAGUCGGGCCCGAGUAUAUCUCAAUGGUCUCAGGGGAGGCGAAACGACCCCGGAUCUAUAUCAAAAACGCCUUCAAGACCGUCUACUGGCGCUUUGGCAUCUUCUUUAUUCUUGGAGCGCUCUGCGUUGGCAUUGUCAUUCCCUACAACGAUCCAACUCUUGUCGGGAUCUUAGGCGGCAAAUCUGGAGGUGCUGGGACGGCUGCUGCGUCACCCUAUGUGAUUGCUAUGAAGAACCUUACCAUUCCUGUCCUUCCACAUAUUACCAAUGCGCUUCUAAUAACGAGUAUCUUCUCUGCCGGCAACACAUACACAUACUGCGCCACCCGAAGUUUGUACUCGCUCGCGAUCGAAGGCCGUGCUCCCAGGAUCCUCAGAAAGUGUACACGAAAUGGCGUUCCCAUCUAUUGCUUUGCCAUUACCAUGCUUUUCCCACUUCUUUCUUUCCUCCAAGUAUCAAGCAGCUCUUCUCAGGUUCUUACGUGGUUAGUGAACCUUAUCACCGCUGGUGGUUUGAUUGACUUCAUUGUCAUGUGCGCAACGUAUCUUGCCUUCUACAAAGCUUGCAAGGUGCAAGGGAUCGACCGUAGAACUCUUCCAUACUGUGGUUGGUUUCAACCAUACUGUGGUUGGAUCGGUCUCGUUGGAUUGGUCUGUAUUGUCUUCACCUACGGAUAUUCGACGUUUCUACCAGGCAUGUGGACACUAUCAUCCUUCUUCUCGUACUAUACAAUGGUCGGCGUUGCCCCAAUCUUGUACAUUGGCUGGAAAAUCAUUCAUCGCACAAAGAUCAUCCCCGCUCAUGAGGUGGACCUUGUUUGGGAUGCGCCCCUUAUUGAUGCGUACGAAGCAUCGUUUAUUUCGCCUCCAAUUGGGUUCUGGACGGAAAUACUUCAGCUUAUAGGGCUGAAGCGCAGCGUAUCAGUGGACAAACAGGCAUAG